AUGAGUCUUUCGAAGUAUGACCCCAAUGCUAGGAUGCCACCCAGAAGCGGCCCACAGAAACAUCUCCCUAAAUCUGUGGAAAAGCGAGGGCUACCGCAUCAAGAGCGGGUACGGCCAAAGAGGCGAGCGCAAAAGCUGAGGAUUGGGACCAUUAAUGUAGGAACUAUGACUGGCCGAGGAAGAGCAUUGACGGAGUUGAUGCGGAGAAGGAAAGUGGACAUUAUGUGUGUGCAGGAAACUAGAUGGAGUGGCAAUAAGUCGAAAGAGUUGGGAGACGGAUACAAGUUAAUCUAUGGAAACGCAAAUUUGGACAAGGGUCGGAAAAAUUUAAGAACGGGUUGCAGAAGUGAUGAAAAGGAUGAGUUUUGGACAACACUACAGGAUGGAUUUGAGAAGGUUCUGAAAGCGAAAGAUGUGUUAUCGGUGGAAACUUAA